AGUAACAAAAAUGGAGAAGAACACGGAUCCAACUGAAGAUUUCAAAUGGGUCAUACAAAAUGGUGACGUCACAGUGGUGAAGGAACACUUUAAGAAUGGUGUCAAUGUAAAUGAAUUUGUGCAGAACAGCUUACAUAUUGCUGCAGAUUUUGGACACCAUGAAAUGCUAAAGCUUUUGAUAGAAAAAGGUGCCGAUGUAAACGCAGAAGAUAAACAUGGAAUGACUCCUUUAUUGGCAGCAAUAUAUGAGAACCAUGUGGAGUGUGUAAAAGUGCUUGUAGAAAAUGGUGCAUCUCGAAAUGGCAAAACACUACAAGGACAGUCAUACAGUGAAAUUGCAUCAGCUGAGGUGAAGAAACUGUUGGCAGAGGAAAGUGCUUAAUAAAUUUUUAUUGAAAUGUGGAAAAAUGGUGUUGAAGGAUAAGUAGUGCUGUACAUUUCAGUAGAGUCUGGAUGGAAUUUUUUGUUACGAUAUUCAGUAGAAACGAAUCACUUUGUCAGCGCGCUAAAGGAUUGUGAUCUUCGCAAAGCUUCAGUUGACAUACAAUCAUUUUAUACAAGUAUUUUUUCCCAUUUUUGUUAAUAUUAUGUAACAUACACACAAUAAUAAUCUUUGUUAUAUACAUGUAAUUUUACUCUACUUCUGUAAUUUGUGAAGCCAUCCUAUUUAGAUAUUGUCAUUCAUGGGACCUAUUUACCAGGCAUGUAACACGAUAAUUUUCAAUAGGAAAAGUUUACACCGUGCUCUUUUCAUGAUAUAUUCAGUUGUUUCUGUAUGUAUUUUGGAAGAGUUGACUAAAAUUUUCACAUAUAUAAUCAGACAGGCUCCAGUGACCAGCACUCCUUUGAAUAACAUUAACAGUAGGGAAAGUAUGUGAGAGAACUUUCGUAGAUCUAUAAAUCACUGCUUUUAGAUAUCAUUCAUAAUUACAAAAAAUUUCAGGUAUAGAUGUAGGAUAACAGUAGUUUUUGAAGUAAUAUUGCUUAUAUAUCAGAACAUGUCUAUAGUUUUUUCUCCUGCUCAAUAAGACAGAGAUGGAUUAGAUACCUAUAUAUGUACAUGCUCAAUCCCUCCAUCAAUUAUGCAUAUUUUGGUAGCCAAGCUUUAGUUGGAUUAAGCAUGCUUCAUAAAAGCACUUAGGAUUAAUGUUGCUGAUGCAGGACUGCAUCUUUCAGCGACAUUAACCAUGUAAUAAACUUUUAUUAUUGUCCUGACUCUGUAUGGGUAACUAUUUUUGCUACAUGGAUUAAGCUUGCAUUGAUGAUGAAGCAAGGGUUGUUGUCACAGAAUGGAUGCUGAAUCAAACUUCUGUAACAUUUGCUGGACACAACACUGCCAUUCGUAGUUGUUAAAUAUGUGAAUGUUGCAAUUUGAUUGAAGCGUAUCUUAUGCAGACUUGUUAAUUAAUAACGAACCUUCUUUAAAUACUGAUGAGAGAUAAAUAUUUAAUUCAAAUCUAUUUUUUUCUGAUUUAGCUAAUUGAGUUAAUUGUGAAAUUUUCAGUUUAGUUGGUUUAUCAUAAUAAUCACCGAUAUUGGAUGGAGAAAACAAUGAUGAAAUCAUUGCCGAGAUUCAGAAAUGUCAUCAUUUCUUAAACAAUUCUAUUUAACAGUAGAAUGAAGUAUUCUUUGAGCAUGUACAGCCACCAGUGACAUAAGUGUUAUUGAAAUUACAGUUUCAAGUAUUUCAUGAUGAUCAUUUUUGAGAUCUUCAGGUUAAAGAAAAGUCUCCUAAUGGGAAAAUUUCAUCCAUUCAACUGAGUUUAAAAUAUAUUACCAGGUACCUCAUUUUAUUAUACUUCUAAUACUAUUUUAUAUGCAAAAAAUCCUACUCCUAAGAUAGAAAGUAAUAAAGGUAGAAAAUUUAGAAAGCAUUUCAGAAUAUGUGUUAAGAAAACUAGAAAUUUAAUCAUAAUUUUCACAUACAUGUUCAGUCUGUACUUUAUGACAUUUGCAAAACUAAAUUGACUUUUUAAGUUGCUAUUAAAUACAUUUUCCUUUUUUCUCCUCAUUUUCUUAAACAAGAUUAGUUUGCUGUAUGUAUUUAGAGAGAAACAAAUUAAUUCAAAUGCAGUAAACUUUUGGAUAUUUAUAGACAAACAUUCUAUUGUUUUACCCAAGUCCCGUUUGAAAUUGUAUUCUUGUGUACAUAUGUAAAAUAAGGGUAUAAGAUAAGGGACCAAGUGUACUGAUGAGUUAAGAGCUAUUGUGAAAUAAGAAAUAUACCAGCAGGAAAAAUGGUUAUUUACCAGGAAUAUUAAAAUUCUAAUAGAAACUUAUAUGGAUAACUACAAAACAAUCAACAAAAACAAAACAGCUUGAUGAUAAAAAUAAUAAAAAGCAGGGAUUGAGCCAUUAGUGUUUUAAUGUACGCGUUACUAGAUAUAAGAUGACUUGUAUUUGGACUGGUGUAUAUUAUUCUGAAUCCAUGUAUUUAUAUUGUAUACAAACUUUGGUGCUAUGAUGUAUGUACAGUGGAACUUUGUUAAUUCAGACAUUUAUAAUUACAUAACAUUAAAGUUCUCUGUUCUGUUCCAACAGUUGAAGAAAUGAGAAUGAAUCGUUUAAAUGUUACAAAUUUCGCAGGUGUACAACUUCAGUCAGGACACACAACUGUUAAAAGACCUACGAUCAGGUAGCACACGAGUAAUCAAAGUAUGUUCAGAUUUAAUUGAUAAAAUAUUAAGCAGAAAUCUACCUAUGUACAUCCUGAAUCAAGUAUUGCGCCUGUAAAAAUGGCAUUAGAACUGAAAUUGGCAAUCCUGUUGGUAGCACUAUUGUAAUUUUAUGAAAUUUAACAACUAAAUAUGUUAGAGUGACAUGAAUGCCUCCACCGUUUGGAUUUUUUAAGUAUUAUUGGCUUUGCUAAGAGAUUCUUUGAAAUUCCAAGUGAGUUUGGCAAGGCAAACUUUGGUAAUACCAUUGUUGUGGAAAUUUUGAUUAACUGGUAAAGAUACUUAAUGUUAAAUACCGGUAAUUGUAAUUCUGGAGAAAAAAUUGAUUGACCGUAUUCAAUUCAAAAUGCGACCUCCCUAUUAGUAUCAUACCUCUAUAAAAUUAAUAUCUGUAUUGUUAAAGAGUUAAUGAGCAAAAACAAAUGCUGGUGGAAUGAUGAACAAUGGUAACACUAUGGGCCCCAGACCAUGAUAGGGCGGAAGCAUAAAAAAGAUCUUUGGUUUGGUUGUCACAGGAUCAAAGUGUCAAGACUUAACACAGUACCCCUGUAUGGCCUUAAAUUCUACAUUUGUAUUUAGCCUGAAAUUUACAAAAAGAUUACUGGGACUAUCGUAACUCACUACGUACUUAUAUAUACACAAUGCAUCUAUAUUUAUAAUUCAAUUCUGUUUGAUUAAGAAUGUGUAUUUAAUUGUCUUUGAUGUGGUGCAUCACUUCUUUUGUGAUCCUGGGAGUUUGCUGGCAGCUUCCGUAAGACAACAGAAAAUUACUCUGUGCAGAUUUGUAAAACAUGGUGAAUUGUUCCCUCAAACUGAUUCUUUUUUUAGAGAAAUUUAACUUCAGAUUUGGUGUUGAUUUAGUUUGCUUGUAAAAUAUUUAUCAAAAUGAAAAGAUUUGCUCAGUAUUAGCUAGGUAGAAUUUUUGCCACACUACAGCAUGCAUUAGAGGGUAACAUAGCUGGAUAUUCUAUACUGUAAAAGUGCAAUUUUUUUUUUUUUUCUUUUUACAUUCUUAUUUCUAUCUGUUGUUAAGUCAACAUUUCCAAACAGUAACAUUGUUUUUAAAUGUUAUCUUUGAUUUUCCUUGAAAGGAAAUGUAAGAAUGUUUAUGAAAAGUAUGAAACUUGACAUGUAGGUGUCAGUUUUCUUUCCCUUAAAAGAAUGAUCCAUUUUAGGAAUGCCAGUCCUAAGAUGUGAAAAUUAAUAUUUCUAGUUAAAACAACAGAAUUUGAAUGGUUAGUUUAUGGUUUGAGAUUUGUGCUUCUCACCAUGCUUUUCAGUUAUAUGUAGACUAUUUCCCAGAGUUUAUUACCUGGAUAAAAGUCGCGGAAUAUAUGGAACACGUGUACAAUGCUUGAUACAUUGUAAAUGCAAACAUUUAUAAUAAAUGUUAUUUAUAAGA